UCUCUCUCUCUCUCCAUAUGUGACGCGGCCAUAUUUGCGGCGUGCGCUUGUCUCUGGCAGUAAACAAGCCCCAAAGUCUCGGGCAAGACAGACGGAGCGACGGACAGGCCGACGGAGCCCGAGGGAGCCGCGCCGCGGAAUUUCAGGACAUUUCGCCGCCUCCUCCCGCCGAUGUCGCUGCUGCUGCUCGGCAUGUCUUACAAGCCAAACUUGACCGCGCACAUCGCGGCGGCGGCGGCGGCUCCCAUCAGCCAAGCUGGGAACGUCCACUCUCCUUCCACCAGCAUGGCAGGCUCAGGGCAAUACAGACAGCUUAUAAAUGACUACGGACCCCCAUCUCUAGGUUACACACAAGGAGUGCAGGGAACGAGUAGCAGUCAAGUACCACAGAGCAAGUAUGCAGAACUUUUGGCCAUCAUAGAAGAAUUAGGAAAAGAAAUCAGGCCUACAUAUGCUGGAAGUAAAAGUGCCAUGGAAAGGUUAAAACGAGGCAUCAUUCAUGCCAGAGGACUAGUUCGAGAGUGUUUGGCAGAGACUGAGCGCAAUGCAAGAUCCUAGCAUCUCUUCCCGUGGCUGCAAGAUUUUUCCACCUCUUAUGAAAAAGGGACACCAGUUCCUUUGGAGACUACAGAAGGCAUUCAGAGAGAUCCCUUAAUUUGACUCUACCACUCCCCCCCCCACUGCCAUUUCCAAGAAUGUGGGCCGCAAUCCAAAGUAGCACUUGGGAGGCAACCAAGGGCUUGUGUGCCCAGUGGAAAGUUUGAAUCCCCCCAACUAAUACAUCCACCCUCAGCUCAGCAUCCAGCAUGGGGGGCAUUGGUUUGAGAAAGUCGAAAGGUCCCCUUGGGUGGAUAAAACUUGUGCUGUCUUUUUUCCUUCUGGAUCCUGGCCAUAGUCAACAAGAUUAUCCUUCCUCUCAUUUAAAGUGGAGUUUGCAGUAUUUCAUUUAAGUUGAGGCAUUCCCUGAAUUAGUUGGAAUUUUUUAUUUAAAAACUGCAUUCCUCUCUCUUAAUUCUCUGUUCUGCCUCAGGUUGCUCCUUCAGCUAACAGUGUUCCCCAUAUCCAGUGGUUUUCAAACUGCAUUCUAGGAAAGGUCUACGGCUCCUUAGCUUUCUAGGGACUUCUCAGUAACAAUAUCAGUAAUGUUGGACACGCUCCCCUGAAAAGGGAGCUCCUCUGCUGCCGCCAGUAUUCCUGUGUAAUGUAAAAGGAGCGCUGGUUAUGUUCUAGGUUGCAAGGUAUGGUUAUGUGGGGCAUUGGCAAAGCUAAGCAGCUCCAGACAUCACACCCCAUGGAUUGGGUGUACACAACCCCGAGUCCUCUGCAGUGCAGCAGACUUCCUAUGGCAAACGCUCAGCCUUUGCAGAACAGCAUAGGAGUAAAGGGCUCCUUGAAAGCAAAAUUUGAAAACAGCUGCCUUAAUCCUCAAAGCAUUCAUUUGGCUUCACCACUAAACCAUUUCUUACCAGACUCCUUUAAGUUUGAGUACAGAUAUUGUUUCGUUUCACCAGCUGACAGCCUAAUUUCUAAUUUGGUGCAUGCACCAUAAAUUUUGUUCAAAAAUUAUCCCCGCUCCCCACCAUUUUGCAUGAUUGUUAAGUGUUUCCAUUAAAAGUGCAUGAGUUCUACAAAAAGACUAUUCUAACCUGUCACAGGCCCCAAAAGCAACUCUAUUCCCCCAGAUUUAAAUUGUAACUUUGCCAAAAAAAAAAAUAA